CGGCCUUCGUGCGCUCAAAGUUGAAGACCUUCCGCGCCGGCGAAAUGUUGAACACCGCGGAUAUCCAGAAGCGUGACGGUCAAUUCACUUACUUAGAGGGAGAUACUUAUGUCUUCAUGGACACUGAGACUUACGAGGAGACGCGCCUGAAGAAGGAUGAGUGGGCGCAGUACCUUAAGGAGGGGACAACCGUGGAGCUGCUGUUCUACAACGGCAAGGUGAUCAGCGUGGACGUGCCGCAGUUCAUGGACCUUAAAGUGGUGGAGACCUCACCGAACGUCAAGGGCAAUACGGCCUCGGGGGGGAGCAAGCCAGCGACCCUCGAAACCGGCGCAGUUGUGUCUGUCCCGCUAUUCAUUGAGGUGGGCGAGGUCAUCAAGAUUGACACGCGGACGGGCGCCUACCUCUCACGCGCAUAAGCAGAGCGCUGGGGGGCUAUGGUAGGGCUUUCUUAGCACGCUGUGUGUUAUACUCGGACAAGACGCAUUAACCUUUUCGGGUGGGAAUGCAGUACAGGGGGGGGAGGGCCGUGCAUGGGUUCGUGCCGUGUACCCGUGUGUCGGGUGUGGCGACAGGGAGCCUUGAAGGAACACACUAACACGGGUGUGCUUCUUCAUUGAUGGGGGGGCGAAUGCUUCAUUGCCAUGGCAACGAACUUGCCAUGACAUUUUUGCUGGUUGACCCAGAUAAUGUUUUACUUUUAAAGGACUCUUCAGGCCUCUUGGGUGUGCCGAAUUUCAGCCCCUGGGCCUUAUCCUUCGGUUACUUAAUCUUUACCACUUGCUGAAUGAUGAAGGAGGAUACGCGUGUUGUGCAUAUUCGAAUUGUGGGAACAUGUCUCUUGCGCAUGUUCACUGCGACGUUGUAACAAUCGUUGGUACGAUGAUGAGGCAGAAGUGCUUACAGCUUCUGAUUCAAUAGUCAGAACUCCUUGCACACACCACCGCCCCCCACCUGUCUCUUUCAAUAUGAAAUUGUCCGGUCUCUGGUUGUGCACGUGUCAUGUCAGGCAGAGCAUGUACUGCACUGUAAUUCCCUGGUGCAUAUUUCCGUAGACUGCCCAAGGUCUGACUGGAUAGCCUAACGAGAGCUCCUCCGCCUCCUGCUGUUGAUCCCCGAAAGCGCUGUAACGCACAAACAUUCAUGCAUGUUCACACACGUGAUGUUCCCUUCAAGCACAAACGCAGAUAAGCUCACGCGCAUCAUGGAUUUCACCCACGGUACAGGCGCAACCGGGGCAAGUGUAACUACAGCUUUCCCAAGUCACAUCAUGCGCCGCAUACGUACCAUGCAGUGUUUUACUUUUAAAUAUUAAGUUGCUUCCUUCUUUAGGGUUCUCGCGAGUGUGGUAAUGCACGGCAAAAAAGAUCAGGCUAAGGCAGGCAACAGUAAGACGUGUAUCCGCGGAUGGAUGCCACGUCAAACCAAAAGUGGGAACUUUGUACUGGGAGACUAUUUAUUAAGAUCCCAUCUACUCUUGUCAGCGAAUACCCGGUCACCAGCAUAUCCUGCGCAAACCGCUGUGCAGGACAAGAAUUCACAUAGCAAAAUGGCGUAGCAAACCUACCUCGUACAAAGCAGGAAAGCUGCAUAGCUACCUUACCAUGCCACUUCCCGUCCCAUCCCAACCCAGAUACUUCCUCGCAAACAACCAAACGCCCACGCCUGCCAUGCCGCACCUCGCAGCCCCCACACCUAUUCCGA